AUGGACAAUUUGAUUUCCCUUGUCAACAAGAUUGAAAGAGCUUGCACGGCUCUUGGUGACCAUGGAGAAGCAAGCGCAUUGCCUACUCUUUGGGACUCUUUACCUUCAAUCGUCGUCGUUGGCGGUCAGGGAAGUCAUCGGUGCUGGAAAGCAUUGUCGGCAAGGAUUUUUUACCGCGUGGAUCAGGGAUUGUUACUCGGCGACCUUUGGUGUUACAGCUUCAUAAGAGUGAAGAAGGAAGCAGAGAAUACGCUGACUGCGGUUAGGAAGGAGAUCCAAGAUGAAACGGAUACAAAAACUGGUCAAACCAAACAAAUCUCCAGUGUUCCCAUUCAUCUUACUAUAUAUUCUCCCAAUGUUGUCAAUUUGACUCUGGUUGACCUUCCUGGUCUUACCAAGGUAGCAGUAGGUAAGUUGCAGAAAAGCCUUAAACCAAUUCAAAACCGAUUAUCGGCAUUGUUGAACGAAGAUUCGGCAAUCAUGGAGCGACGUAGCGCUCUGGCCGAGAGGCUAGAAUUAUACAGGAGUGCACAAGCAGAAAUCGACAUGGUUGCUUGGUCCAAGUAG